GUGCUUUGAAACAAGCAGCUCUGAACCAAAGAAAUCAUUUGAUUCAAGUAACCAUUGGAUCUUCCCCAGGCAAUGGUGAAAGAAAAGAAAAAAGCAGACAAAAAGGGGGAGAAGUCUGUCCGCUCUCCCUCAUCUCUCUCUGAUAAUCUAGACUUUUCCAAACAAGAUGGCAACACCACUAGGCAAGAGAUGUCCCCAGCUGGUGUCCCAUUGCUGGGAAUGCAGCUCAAUGAAAUGAAACCCAAAAAAGACCCCCGAAACGUUCAGCAGAACGCAGAUGCCACCCAAUCCGAAGAGUCCAUUCUGACCAAACUCAUAGUGGAAAGCUACGAAGGGGAAAAGGUUCGUGGGCUGUAUGAGGGAGAAGGCUUUGCAGCCUUUCAAGGCGGUUGUACCUAUCGUGGUACGUUUUCAGAAGGACUCAUGCAUGGACAAGGGACUUAUAUUUGGGCCGAUGGAUUAAAAUAUGAGGGUGACUUUGUGAAGAAUGUCCCGAUGAACCACGGCGUGUACACGUGGCCGGAUGGCAGCACGUACGAAGGCGAAGUGGUCAACGGCAUGAGGAACGGAUUCGGGAUGUUCAAGUGCAGCACCCGGCCUGUGUCCUACAUCGGCCACUGGUGCAAUGGCAAGCGGCACGGGAAGGGCUGCAUUUAUUACAAUCAAGAGGGUACGUGUUGGUACGAGGGAGACUGGGCGCAAAACAUCAAAAAGGGCUGGGGAAUAAGAUGUUAUAAAUCUGGAAAUAUGUACGAAGGCCAGUGGGAAGACAACAUGCGUCACGGGGAGGGGAGGAUGAGGUGGCUGACUGCCAACGAGGAGUACACAGGGCGGUGGGAGAGGGGCGUCCAGAAUGGCUUUGGGACACACACGUGGUUUCUAAAGAGAAUCCCCGGUUCCCAGUAUCCUUUGAGAAAUGAAUACAUAGGGGAGUUUGUAAAUGGAUAUCGUCACGGACAUGGCAAGUUUUAUUAUGCCAGUGGAGCCAUGUAUGAUGGAGAAUGGGUUUCCAAUAAGAAACAUGGCAUGGGCCGAUUAACUUUCAAGAACGGGCGUGUGUACGAAGGCGCAUUCUCCAAUGACCACAUAGCCGGGUUUCCUGAUCUUGAAGUUGAAUUCAUCAGCUGCCUGGACCUGUCUUCAGGAGUUGCCCAAAGAUUGUCCAGGAGUGCUGAACUGAUCAGAAAGCUUGAUGGCAGUGAGAGUCAUUCUGUGUUGGGAUCCAGCGUUGAGCUGGAUCUAAAUUUGCUCCUGGACAUGUACCCUGAGACAGUCCAACCUGAAGAAAAGAAGCAGGUGGAAUAUGCUGUCUUAAGAAAUAUUACAGAAUUAAGAAGAAUCUACAGCUUUUAUAGCAGCCUGGGAUGUGACCACUCUCUGGAUAAUACCUUUCUGAUGACAAAGCUUCACUUCUGGAGAUUUCUAAAAGAUUGCAAAUUUCAUCACCACAAACUAACUCUUGCUGAUAUGGACAGGAUAUUAAGUGCCAAUAAUGACAUACCAGUUGAAGAAAUCCAUUCUCCAUUUACAACAAUACUUUUGAGAACAUUUUUGAAUUACCUCCUGCAUUUGGCGUACCACAUUUAUCAUGAAGAAUUCCAAAAGAGAAGCCCAUCCCUCUUCUUGUGUUUUACAAAACUGAUGACCGAGAACAUUCGUCCAAAUGCCUGCCAGAUAAAAGGCAGUUAUGAUUUUUCUUUUUUACAGGACUUUAAAAUGAUAAAUAAAGAAUUAACAGCAGCUACAUUUAUGGAGGUCAUAGCAGAGGAUAAUCCUUUCAUAUAUGAUGGAACUGACAGCAACUUUGAACCUGAGCUGGUUUUCCUGGAAUUCUUUGAAGCUCUCUUAAGCUUUGCAUUCAUCUGUGUUACUGACCAAGUGACUAAAUCCUAUACAAAUGUUCCAACUGAUGAUGUGUCUGGAAAUAAACAUGAAACUAUUUAUACAAUACUAAAUCAGGACGCCCAGAACAAGAGUCCCAGCGCGGUCACAAGCCACGAAUCGGAUGCUGCUCACUCUGACAGUGCCAGGUCAUCUUCCAGCAAGUUAGAACUCUCACCUGAUAGUAACAAAAUAAGGAAAUCAGAGCCCAAGAUCAAGAAGUCUAUAAGUGAUGAAAGAGUCUCCAAAAUGAAUUUUAAAUUGACUGGAAAAGGGAUCACCUUUUUUUCAUCUGAGAGUGAGAAAUACGAGAGACCCAAGGAUGAUCGAAAGGAAGAGCUCAACACGUGGGUCAGUAAUAUGUACGUCUUCUUUGUGAACAUGCUCUUUCAUGCGUAUAAACGUGAAGAAGCUAUCAAGGAGAAAAUAAGGGAAGACAGGUUACGCAGCACAGCACAGGCCCAGCAGCGGAAGAUGGAAGAUGACGAACUGGAAGCAAGGCUGAAUAUCUUCAUUUUGAGAGAGGAAGAAGCCAAGAGACAUGACUAUGAGGGGGAUAUCACGGGGAUCAAGGAGCCGGCAGACGUGUCAUCCUCUCACCUCAUACUGGACCCUCCUAAGGAGGAUGUGACCGUGUCCCCGUCCAGCAAGGCCAUCACCAGCAAGAAGAAAAAGCGAGCCACAAGGACACACACACAGGCUUAGGACGGCACGUGCUGUAAGAUUUCCUGAGCAUUACAAUUCUUAGCACUGUACUCGUCUCAGUGUUUUAAAAUAGUGCCUGGCCCACUGCAUCUCAGGUUUCCUACGUGGCUGGAUUAUGGGAGUUCGAGACCAGCCUGGGCAACAUAGUGAGACCCCGUCUCUGCAAAAUUAAAACAUCAGCUGACCAUG